AUGGCACUGCAAAUUGAAUGUACUAAAUAUUCUGGUGGACAACCGCUAAAAAACCAAGAUGUAAACGGUCAUCUCAAGUAUGAAAUACCCCAAGAAAUUGUAAAGUUUUUAGAUGAGGGUUUUCUUAUUAGCGAAAUCGCUAUGAUGUUGUCUGUGUCUGAGAGCACAAUAUGUUACGGUCUUAGCAAACUUACGUUCUCUGACGUUACCAAGGAACAGUUGGAUGCCCACAUGAGUGAAAUUGCUAAAGAUUUCCCAUUUUGUGGUGAGAAAAUGUUCAAGCAUAUUCUGGAACAGAAAGGCAUAAGAGUUCAAAGAAUGAGACUACGUGAUUCCAUACACCGGGUAGAUGAUGGAGGUGUUGCAAACAGGAAGAAGGGACAAUUGCAUAAUCGAGUCUACAAUCUCAAGGGGCCCAACCAUCUGUGGCACAUAGACACCAUGCAAUCACAAGCUGAUACGGUGGAAUUUUUGUGA